CAAUAAUCCAUGGAAAAAGAAAUAAUCAUAUCCAAACCAGAUAUGAACCGUUUCAAUGAAAUGAGCGAACCAUACAAAAAAGUUUUAGCCAAUGACGUUCAUGGCUUGGAAGCAAUCUACUCGAAUAACCCCGACGCAUUGUUGAAUCCAAUCACCGCACGUAAAGACACCAUCUUCCACAUCGCAGUUUACGGCGGCCGUGAGGAAGUGCUUCAUGUUCUGCUCAGAAAGGUGCCGCAGUCAAAGAAGGCGGAGGUGCUGAAGGUGAAGAACAUUUACGGGAACACAAUCCUCCAUGAGGUGGCCACCACUACUCAUGUAAAAGCAGCUCGUUUAUUGAUGGAAGAGGUGUUGUCGGUGUUGCCUGCAAAUGAUAAUUGGAAAAGGGAAGAGAUAUUAGGUGCUCAAAACAAAUUAGGCGAAACCCCAUUGUUCAUGGCUGCGGAAUAUAGCAGCAAAACGAUGGUGGAGUAUUUGGCAACUGCAAUCGAACGAACCGGGAACCUUGAAAGUCACUAUAGGAGAAACGAUGGGACCUCCAUUCUUCAUAUUGCUGUGAUCGGCCAAAAGUUCGAUACUGCUAUUUGGUUUCUGGGAAAGUCUCCAGAGCUUGCAACAUACAAGGACAAGAAUGGAAACACCAGUCUUCAUCUGCUAGCUAGCAUGGCCUCAGCUUUUAAGAGCAGCUCCCCCACCAAAGGAAUAUUCAAGGAGUUCAUCUAUUAUUGCCUACCGAGUGACUCACGUCAGAAGGAAGGGACGAAUGAGCUUACAAAAAAUAGGCAAAACAGAGAUUUAGAGCAGGGUGAACAAAAUAGAGGUCUCAAUCAGCAGGAUUACUGCAAAGGAUGGAAAAUGAUUGUUCAGAUUUGGAAACAGAAGAAAAUGCAUGAAUCGGCGGUUAAACUAGCGAAGUUAUUGGCGGAAACCGAUGCGUCUUGGUUCGAACCUCAUGAACCGGAGGAAGACGACACGAUUAUAAUGGAACGGAAGGAGGAAGAAAAAGAAGAGACGUCAGAAAGUAAUGCAACGGCCAACACGGAGCGGUCGCCUGAACCGGAUACGCCAUUGCUCAUCGCAACCAAAACAGGCAUCGUGGAGAUAGUGAAUGAGAUACUCACAAGGUACCCUCAGGCAGUUUAUCAAUUCGGUAAAAACGGACAAAACAUACUUCAUGUCGCUAUCAUGCAUCGGCAAUACAAAGUGUUCAAUGUCGUUAAGAAUAAAGAAGAGGCGAAGAGGUUGGCUCGGGGAAUCGAUAACCAUGGCUGCACCAUACUGCACCAUGCUGCUAACACUAAAUAUUAUCAUGGAGGAACCAAACCUACCCCUGCUCUUAAACUCCAACAGGAAUUGACAUGGUUUGAGGACGUAAAAAACCAAAUGCCCUCUCAUUUUUUCAUGCAUCUCAACAGAAAGGACACCACAGCAGAUAAUCUUUUCAAGGAUAAUCACCGAGAUCUACUUAAAACCGCGCAAGAAUGGGUGAAGAACACCUCUCAGUCGUGUUCGACGGUCGCCAUUCUCGUGGCAACUGUUGUUUUCACAGCUGCCUACACCGCACCGGGUGGUUUCUUGCAGAACGGUCGUCCCAUUCUCCUCGACGAGCCUCUUUACUCGUUUUUCACGGUGAUGGACGUUGCCGGUCUCGCGAGUUCCUUGACCUCGGUGGUUAUCUUCCUCUCUAUCCUCACUUCUUCACUCGAGUUCGAGGAUUUUCAUCACCGGCUACCUCGGAACCUCUCCCUCGGUUUCACCUUCCUAUUCUUCUCCGUCACCAGCACCAUGAUGACUUUCACAGCCACCAUUUUACUGCUGGUUCAUUUGGAGAAGAAGUGGACUGCAACGCUAACGUAUGCGGCUGCAUUCCUUCCCAUAUGCAUAUUUGCAAUGUUUCAAUUCCCUUUAUAUUACCAGUACUUCGUUGCUGCAGUGAAGAGCAUUUUGGAUUUUCUUAGAAGUAAUUUGCCUGGUAACUGGGAUUUUCUUCAAAUUAUAGAUGAUUACUAAGAAGCAAUAAAAGGGAAACUUUUUUAUCUGUAUUGUUGCUCAAAGUCCAUUGAUUACUGGAUUUUUACUGUUUUUUUUUUCUCUUAUUCCUAUAUUCCUGUUUGGGUAAUUGUUCUUGGGCUCUUGGAUUUAAUCAUUGUAUUUAUUUUUAAUCAUUUUUUAAAAAUUUGUUUAUGAACUUAA